AUGCUCAUGGCGCGAUCGUCCCGCAGCUCAUUCGCCGCCGCCGACGUCCUCCUCCCAGCAGCCAUGGCGUACCGCCAGCCGUGCAGCGGCGGCUCUGCUACCUCCAGCUACUUCGGCUCUCGGCCCGCGGCCCCUUUCCCGUUCGGUACGGCGGCGCAGCUGGACGUCUUCGAGUGCCUGUCGGACGAAGGCGGCGCCGUCCCGGCACCGGCAGCUGUACCUGGUGCGUUCGCGACGCCGCCGCCGCCGCCGCUUAUGCCGGCCGAGCGCAUCGUCCCGGACGCGGCUGCAGGCUACAACAGUCAUGCUAGGAGUGCGGCUGCGGCGGGUGAGGGGCCGCCGAGGAGGACGGACAGAAUUGCGUUCCGGGUGAGGUCGGACGACGACGAGGUACUCGACGACGGCUACAAAUGGAGGAAGUACGGCAAGAAGUCCGUCAAGAACAGCCCUAAUCCGCGGAACUACUACCGGUGCUCGACGGAGGGCUGCAACGUCAAGAAAAGGGUAGAGCGAGACAAGGACGACCCGAGAUAUGUUGUGACCAUGUACGAGGGAGUGCACAACCAUGUGAGCCCUGGUACCAUCUAUUACGCCACCCAGGACGCCGCCUCCGGCCGCUUCUUCGUCGCCGGGAUGCAUCAGCCAGGCCACUGA